GCGCUCGACAAGGUUGUCAGAGGCGCCCAUGCUUGUUAAGGGCAGCUGGGGAACUUCCUAAAGGACGAAACAUGGUUUUCCUGAGCCUGUCUCGGUGGGUCCGGAGCCGGGGUCCUGAUCAUUACUGGCGGGCUCAGGAGGUGCUGCAACAUGCCAGGCAUUUCCGUGGAAGAAAGAAUCGUUGCUUCAGCUUGGCCAUACGAGCUGUUCGCCGAGCCUUUGUGUAUUCAACGAAAGCCAGGAAAGCCAAGAAGCACAUAAUGCGAAAGCUAUGGGUAACCCGUAUCGCAGGAGCCCUCCAGGAACAUGGCAUGAAGUACCCACACUUUAUUUCCAAUCUUGCAAAGUGUCAGGUGGCUGUAAACAGGAAGAUCAUUUCUGAUCUGGCCAUCUUCGAACCCAAGACGUUCAAAUCAUUGGCAGCUCUGUCAAAGAGGAGAAGAGAAGAAGGUUUGGUGGCGGCACUUGGAGAUGGGAAGGAACCUGAAGGAAUAUUUUCUCGGGUGGUGCAUUAUCACUAGUUCCAAAAACUGACUGAACUGUAAUGCGAGUCGGGCCCCUCUUUAUGUGUGUAACUUAAAUUUGCUCAAUUUCCUGAUUGGUAUUUAUUGUCUUAUAUACCAUAGAAGAACAGCCACCUCGAUGGCCAAGGAUCUGAAGAGACGAGCGUAACGUACAAUGGGUUACUGUUAACAUUUCUAAUGAGACCUGGCAGUGAGCGAUAUAAUGGUUUGUUUUUAUUCGUUUCACAUAACUUUUCUAUGACCAAUAAAACAAUUCAAAGAU